AUGCAAUAUGACCUUUCAUCAUUUAAUGUACGAAUCAUACCGAUGACUGAAGCCAAACAAGAUUUAAUCGAGUUAUCAUCAAAUCCUUUAGAUGUAUGGAUAAAUACACAUUAUGAUGAAUUGUGUGCAGGUAUGACGUGUAAAAAUGCUCUAUUCUGCAAACCAUCAGACAUGAAAGACAAGAAUUUUCAAAUGAGUAUUAAGGAUAAAUGUGAUAAGAAACAGAGAAGAAUAGAUGGUAAACAGACAUGGUAUUAUGUUUUGAAAGAAGAAAUGAAAGGAUUAUAUAAACAGGUUGAACCAAACGAUAAUGAGGAUUCAUUUACUGAUGAUGAAAUACCUGUAAAUGAAGCUUUAUAA